UUGGCAACCUCCAUCACAGCUCCCAUGGUUGGUAAGAUAUUGAGAAUAGAGGCGAAUCCCGGCCAGGCCGUGGAAGAGGACGAUGUGAUCAUCGUGAUGGAAGCCAUGAAGAUGGAGAUUCCCGUGGUGGCGCCGGCCAACGGGACGGUGAAGGCGGUCAACGUCGAGGUCGGGCAGUCGGUGGAGGCGGGUGAGGAGCUCGCCGAGAUCGAGUAG